UUUUGUAUCUUGAGAAAAAAUGAGGAGAGAGAAGUGUAUCUGGGGAAAAAAAACCUCGCGAGUCGCUGUAAAAGAAGGCACGCUUAUCCGUUUUAUGGUGAAAGCAAAUUUGUUAUCCCAAAGAAUUAAAAAUAAGAAAGUUCACACAUUGUUCUACGAUUGAAAGCACGUUGAAUAAACGCUGUUAGGAUUUAAAGGGGGAAACUUGAAGUGCCAUCGGAUAAGUGGUGGAGUUUGUUUAUUUGAUUGAUUUUGCAAAUCAAUUGAAUGAUUGGAUCCCCAAUCACCCCACAAGGUAUUCGUGUGAUUGAAAGAAAAAGGGGCAUAGGGAAAGUUGAAGUUGAAGUGAAAAAUAUGCAGAGUGAUAAGGAUAGAGAAGAGGACAUGGACAGGCUAAGUGACUUGCCUGACUUUGUUUUGCUUCAUAUAAUGAAAUUUAUGAGCAUGAAACAUGCUGUUCAGACUUGCGUUUUGUCUAAAAGAUGGAAGGAGCUGUGGAAACGUCUCACGAAUUUGGCGUUGCAUUCCUCAGACUUUGCCGACCUUGCACAUUUCAGCAAAUUUUUAUCAUGGGUUCUGUCGAAUCGAGACAGCUCCAUUUCCCUGCAUAGUCUUGAUUUGAGGCGUAAAGGCUGUAUCGAUCAUGAACUCCUGGACAUGAUCAUGGGAUAUGCUGUGUCACAUGAUGUCCAGCAGUUGGCAAUUGAAGUUAAUUUGAAUGUUAAAUUUGGUUUUAAGUUGCACCCUAGUAUCUUUUCUUGUAAGUCUUUGACAUUUCUUAAGCUUUCCAUUUGGGCUGUCCCUUGGAUGACUGAACUUCCAAGUUCCCUGCCAUUGCCAGCAUUGAAAAGCUUGCAUCUUGAGCAUGUCACUCUAACUGCAGGUGAAGGUGACUGUGCCGAGCCCUUCUCAACUUGUCACGUGUUGAAUACUUUGGUCCUUGACCGUUGUAACUUGCAUCAUGGUGCAAAAUUCCUCUGCAUAUGUAAUUCCAACCUUUCUAGUUUGACCAUAGGUAGUACCACUCAAGAAACUCCUUACAAAUUUGUGCUUUCUACUCCGAAUCUUAGAUCUCUUUCUGUGAUGCGCGAUCCUAUUCACCAACUCUCUGCAUGUGAUCUUUCUUUUCUUGAACAAGUAAAUAUUGACGUUGAAGCCUAUUUUAAUGCUCAUUUUCAAAGGACACAUUUAGCCCUUAUAAGUUUGCUGCAAGUGCUCGCAGAUUAUGUAAAGACUAUGAUACUCUCUUCAAGUACCCUUAAGAUUCUAAAUGGUCUCUCUACUUCUGGUUCAAUGAUAACUCAAAUUCCUUGCUUUGUUCAAUUGAAGUCAUUGAAAUUGAAAAUGAAAUCUUCUUCAAGCAUAUCUGAUGAGGGAGUUAGCAGGAUAGUAGAGUACUUACUUAAAAAAUGUCCAUUGGCCAAAGUUGAUGUUAUAAAUUGCAGAGAGUGAUAUGAACACUUAAAUCCUCAGAACUGUUGAAGGGGGGGAAAUACUACUAAAAGACCACUUGAUAGACUGAUGAAUCUGAAGUUUCUUUGUUUGCUGGUGUUAUAUGUUGCAUCAUUGCCAAUUCUUAAAGAGAGCCUGUGUGGUAGUGGUACUAGCCUUAUGGAAAUUCUGUGUAUCAUGCAGUUACGCCCCUACCGAUGUUUUAAAUGUAACUGAAUUAUUAGACUAUGGAGUUGUUGUAUGAACUCAUGUCUUUCAUUUUUUAAGAAGUCAAUAUCAACGUCUUCCCUUAUGUAUCGUAUCCUGUCAUCAUAGACUGGCUGCAAGUUUUGGUCAAUGUAAAAAGAUAUUGACACUCUAUUCUUGUAUCUUAAGAUUUUGUGGAACUUGGAAAUCUUUUUCCUUUG